AUGUCUGAAAUUGAGAACGUUUGUCUCGAGGAGCUCAUCAUGUCUCGAAAACGUAAACGUCUACGACGGGCCAUCGACCCUUGCCUGGGAUAUUAUGAAUCUCCAUCGGUGGUGACCGAACGCGAAACCAAUGUGCCAUCAUCGCGCCCUGCGACAAGAUCGAAGCCUUUAUUGGAACAUGUUUCGCAGCCAGUAACUAGUCAUCCACCGCCGGCAUGGAUACCUCGUAAAAUGCAAGGCGAGGACCAGUUGCCAUCCGGAGAAGACACAAACUUGAUACCACCGAUUGCAUGCCUUCGAAACGACGGCGGAGACUCCCCACCCGGAUCCCCCAUGUACACUUCCUCAACACGAGCCAUGAGACGACCCAGGAAGUAUGAUGGACUCAGAAACAGGGUAGUCUUGAGUAGUGAAGAUCAUCAGGAAGCAGAGUCCGACGUUGAACGCUCCUCCCCAAUAACUGUGGAUGCUUUUCUGAGGAAAGCGAUGAGACGACCCAAGCGCAACGGGCUUAGAAACAGGGUCAUUUUGAGCAGUGAAGACCAUACAGCAGCUCCGCAAACAUCGAAGUCGGAAGAGGCUCGGAGUCGUAGAAAGAGGCAGCGACAGAGACGCCAUGAAGUCGACUCGGAUUACCAGCCAUCUUCGCAUGAAACCUCCCCUAGACUCGCCUCCCCCCGGCGCAAACUCCCAAAGGCUCCAUUCACAAAACGACUUGUCACCGCCGCAAUAAUGUCUCUCGUUCAUCCUAUAGACAGUCUCGUCACUGGAACCGCUCCAGAUGGUCGUCAGAGUCAGCGGCGUCCUCUACGUUUUGAACCCGCGCGAUCCGUCUCUCCACCCCCACCAAACUCUACGUGGUCUCUAACAGAUCCUAGAAAGACCGACCCCUUUCGAGACUCCUCGUUUGCUACAGGAGGUCCCAUGCAUGAUUCAUCCUUGGCUGCCCCUCGCAAACCUCUGAGCGCCUGGCAAACUCCUUGGAACCAGAUACCUAGCCGACCCGACGAUGCCAAACACAAGCUCCAGCGUAGAUCGUCCACAAUUCCACAGGGCUCAGAAGUGAGAAGGAUGGUAUGCCCGCCCUUGGUUUUCGUUCCUCUCGCCGAAGCCGAAGCGAUGUAUGCCUCUUCCAGACGUUGA